CUUACGAAGGGAGUUGGGUUUUCCGAACAGCGAGCGCGACCCUGGUAUUACAACAUUUCAUGAUGCAGUCUUGAAUUCACAACAAAUAGGAAUAGCAAGUUGAGUGGGAUCCAAAAUUAAGACGAGAGAGCAUAAUGAGACUCAUCUCAGCUUCUGCGGAUAAUCGAGACGCCGAAUCACUGUUCCGCGCCAACCCCAUCUCCGAAAUCCGCAAUGUGGAAUCCACCACCAACAAACAGAUUCAGGACAAGAAGGAGGAGCUCCGGCAGCUGGUUGGUACCCGCUAUCGUGACCUCAUUGACUCCGCCGACUCCAUCCUCCAUAUGAAAUCAGCUUCCGAAUCCAUUUCCUCCAACAUCUCUUCCAUCCACCGUUGUAUCCGCUCCCUCUCCGUCUCUGACUUGGAACCUUCCCCCAAACUCCAAUCCUCCCCCAACAAUACUACUCGCCUCCGCAUCUAUGGGAUCGCCUGCCGCGUUAAGUAUCUGGUCGACACGCCCGAGAACAUUUGGGGCUGCCUCGACGAGUCCAUGUUCUUGGAAGCCGCCGCCAGGUAUAUCCGUGCUAAGCACGUCCAUUCCAACUUGAUGCUACCCGAUGGUGAUUUGGAUCUCAGCAUCUUGUCCAAUUUCCCUCUGCUUCAGCAUCAGUGGCAGAUCGUUGAUAGCUUCAAGGCUCAGAUUUCCCAGAGGAGUCGUGAGAGGUUGUUGGACCGGGGCCUGUCCGUCGCUGCCUAUGCAGAUGCCUUGGCUGCCGUUGCUGUCAUUGAUGAGCUGGAUCCUGAGCAGGUUCUGGGCUUGUUCCUUGAAGCCAGAAAAACUUGGAUAUUGCACACGUUGACUGCUUCUGCUGGUAAUGCUAAUGCUACCUCUUCCACUGCCAUUUCGGCCUUUUGUGAUGUUUUAAGCAUAAUUCAGGUAACCGUAGCACAGGUAGGAGAGUUGUUUUUGCACGUUAUGAAUGACAUGCCUCUGUUUUAUAAGGUUAUUUUGGGUUCUCCCCCUGCUUCUCAGCUGUUUGGUGGGAUUCCAAAUCCUGAUGAUGAGAUCAGGUUGUGGAAAUCUUUUAGGGAUAAAUUAGAAUCUGUAACGGUUAUACUUCAUAAAACUUUCAUUUCUGGCACUUGUUGGAGUUGGUUGAGGGAUUGUGGGGCACGGAUCACCAGUAAGAUUAAUGGGAGGUAUCUCAUUGAUGCCAUAUCUAGUGGCCAAGACCUUAGAGCUGCUGAAAAGUCGAUAAGGCUGACCAUGGAAAGCAAGGAGGUUUUGCAGGGGAGUUUGGAAUGGCUUAAAAAUGUUUUUGGGUCUGACAUAGAGUUGCCUUGGAAUAGGAUCCGAGAACUUGUUUUGGAAGGUGAUUCAGAUCUUUGGGAUGAGAUAUUUGAAGAUGCUUUUGCCAGGAGGAUGAAAAUGAUUAUUGACUCAGGAUUUGAAGAUCUGACCAGAGCUGUCAAUGUGUCAGGUGUGAUCCACACCAUUGCAGCAAUUGCUGGUGAGAAGGUCGUUUCUGAGACAUAUUUGACUAGGUCUUCUACAGGUGGUAGGGUUUGGUUUACAGAACCGAAUAACUGUAAGAAGGCUGGUCCACUAUUGGGAAAUAGAGCAGUGCCUGAGGAAGAUAAUUUCCAAAGUUGUCUCAAUGCCUAUUUUGGUCCUGAAGUAAGCCGAAUCAGAGAUCAAGUGGACAGUCUCUGCCAAAGCGUUCUUGAGGAUCUAUUGAGUUUUCUUGAAUCUUCCAAGGUAUCUGUGAGGUUGAAGGAUCUAGUUCCCUAUCUGCAGGAUAAAUGUUAUGAAAGUUUGUCAACUAUAAUGAAAGAACUCAAAACUGAGCUUGAUAUCUUGUACACUGCCAUUGGGAGUGAACCUCCUUCUAUAAUUGUUGAGAUAUCUCUUUUUAUUGGGAGACUCUUGUUUGCAUUCGAGAAUCACUCCAAACACAUUCCUGUGAUUCUUGGCUCUCCACGCUUCUGGGUGAAAUACACAGCUCCUGCAAUUUUUGAGAAGCUGCCUUCCUUAUUGUGGCAAUCUAAAGCUGUCAACAGUUCUCCUUUCUCUGACAGCCUUGGAAGGCAAAUGCUCACUAGUUCUCAGAGGCAAAGUUCAUAUGCUACUGCUGCAUUGCUCGGAGCAAAUGAAAGUGCAAGCCCAAAACUCGACGAUCUUUGGAAGGUUAUGCGAGAGCUGUGUGUAAGAGCUUAUAGCUUAUGGAUAUCAUGGUUAUCUGAUGAGCUUUCAGUUAUUCUCUCUCGGGAGCUUGGACAAGAUGAUGGAUUAUCUGCAUCAAUUCCUUUAAGGGGUUGGGAAGAGAUAAUUGUCAAGCAAGAACAGUCUGAUGAGGGGUCAUCUGAGAUGAAAAUAUCACUCCCAUCUAUGCCUUCUCUCUAUGUGAUCUCCUUCUUAUGUCAAGCAUGUGAAGAAAUUCAUAGUAUUGGAGGCCAUGUUCUGAACAGAUCAAUUGUACAGAGGUUUGCAUUAAGCCUUAUAGAAAAGGUCAUUUCUAUUUAUGAGAACUUUCUCUCAACUAGAGAGGCCUCGGGAGCUCAACUGUCAGAGAAAGGAAUUUUGCAGGUCUUGUUGGACAUAAGGUUUGCUGCUGAUGUUCUUUCUGGGGGUGAUUUCAAUGUAAAUGAAGAGUUAUCUAGAAAACCGAAGUCUAAAUCAUCAUUCAGAAGGAAGGGCCAAGCUCAGACUAAGUCUGUUGUUAGAGAUGCUGUUGAUGGGCUGGUCUAUUCUCUUUCGCAAAAGUUGGAUCCCAUUGAUUGGCUGACGUAUGAGCCAUACUUAUGGGAGAAUGAGAAGCAGUCAUACCUCAGACAUGCUGUGCUCUUUGGGUUCUUUGUUCAACUUAAUCGGAUGUAUACAGAUACUGUACAGAAACUGCCUACUAAUUCUGAGUCGAAUAUUAUGAGAUGUUCUGUGGUUCCUCGUUUCAAAUACCUUCCAAUCAGUGCCCCAGCAUUGUCUUCUAGAGGGAAUAAUGGGAAACCUAUUAUGGCUGCAUCCAAUGAUGUUACUUCAAGAAGUUCCUGGAAAGCUUAUACAAAUGGAGAGCUUUCCCAGAAAGGUGAUUUGGAUGAUCACCAGAGUUUUGGUGUUGCAACACCAUUCUUAAAAUCUUUCAUGCAGGUUGGGAGCAGAUUCGGAGAGAGCACGUUAAAACUGGGAUCAAUGUUAACGGAUGGGCAAGUGGGGAUAUUCAAGGAUCGAUCUGCAGCUGCCAUGUCAACCUUUGGUGACAUCUUACCGGUACAAGCUGCCGGACUUCUUUCAUCCUUUACAACCUCCAACAGAUCAGAUUCUUGAUUUCAAUCCACAUUUUGAUACAUACAUGCAUCGCUUACUUUCUAUGGCUGUUUCAAAUUUCCGACCAAUGAUAAAUAGUGUCGAAUCCCAAAGAGUGUAAAUGCUUACUUUUCAUAUUAACUAGAAUCUUACCUACCACGCGAGGAUAUUUGUAUUUUUUUGGGCUAAAUUAUAAUGUAAAAAAACUUAAAGGUCAAAAUAUACUCAAGUAUAGUUUUUGAACAUUUUAAUUUAGUCCUUGUAUUUUGUUUU